AUGAGACUGGCUCUGAGUACAGCUGUGAGCCUUCUGUGCUCGGCUGUCCUGGUUAAUUCCCAGACGUAUACAAACUGCAAUCCUCUACAGAAAUCGUGCCCCGCGGAUACAGCGCUCGGAAAGACUGGACAAAACUACGACUUCACUGCUGGCUCAUCGGUCCAGUUCGCCGCCUCCGGAGCUGUCGCCUACGACAAAACGAACGGAGCCGCCUUCACGAUCUCCAAAAAGGGUGAUGGGCCUCUGAUCCAGUCUGGCUGGUAUAUCAUGUUUGGCAAAGUCGAGUUCACCAUCAAGGCAGCUCCAGGAACAGGAAUCGUCAGCAGUGCUGUCUUGCAAUCCGACGACUUGGAUGAGAUUGACUGGGAAUGGUUGGGCGGCGACAAUACCCAGGUGCAGACCAAUUACUUCGGCAAAGGCAUCACCAGCAGCUAUAAUCGUGGCGCCUUCCACGCUAAUUCGGGGAACCAUGACAACUUUCACACCUACUCCGUCGAUUGGACAAGCUCUCAGAUCGUCUGGGCGAUUGAUGGCCAAACAAUUCGAGUGCUGACUCCAGCAACUGCCGACAGCAAUCAAUAUCCGCAGACGCCAAUGAUGGUCAAAGUUGGUGUGUGGGCUGGCGGUGACCCUGAUAACGCCAAGGGAACUAUUGACUGGGCUGGUGGAGUGACCGACUACAGCAAGGGUCCCUUUACCAUGUACCUCAAGUCGAUGACCGUGACAGACUACUCGACCGGCAAUUCUUAUAGUUAUGGUGAUCAUUCGGGCUCAUGGGAAUCGAUUAUCUCCAAUGGAGGCAAAGUCAACGGUAACAGCGGGCUUGAGCCAACGGUUGCUCAGCCAGCCCCGGUGAUUACUGCGACUGUUGACAGUGUCCCCAUUCCCUGGAGUGGAACCCAUCGUGAGACCUCGAGCUUUGUGACCCCCGACGUAUGGCCCUGGGUUGCCACUGGCUCACCAACUGGGUAUUCUGGUCGGCUCCCUCCCGGCUGGCAAUCUGGCUCUGGGCACAUUCAGCCACCCAGCAGCGGUUCAGCGAGUGAGCAUUGUCUUCCAUAUAUCAGCGCAUACCCAACCAUGACCUACGCUAAAUCCGACAACCUUCUUUCACAGUCUUUCUCCCAGUGUACAUCAGCCUUCUCGGCCUCAUCGUCGGGUUUACGUUUCCCUUCUGGGCAUAAGACUGUUCUUAACGAGACCCGGUGGACACGGCCGUCUUCCCCCAGCGACACCAACAAAAAGCACAACCAUGCAGACCAUUCGCAGGUGGAUGCGACAACCAGCAUGGCCCCAUCGACAGCGACGGGCUCCCCUUCGCCGAGUCAUGCCCUCUCUGCCGGUCACGGAACGAGCGUUUAUCAAGGCCCUGCGGCAAUAACGGCUGUCAUCAUCGCCUUGUUGCUUGGAAUUCCCCGAGCUAUACUUUGA